AUGAUCAAAGUUUCGGAUCAAGAUGAUUCUGUUUUUCUAAAAAAUAUGUUCAAAUUUAAGGAUUUUGGAUCUUUGAAGGUUCCAGGAUGUGUUGAUGGUAACAAGUUAAUUGAUUUGAUUGGUCGUGUAGUUUCCAUUCAUGAACCUAAAGUUAUUCAAGUUAAUAAAAAACCACAAAGGUUGAUUGAUUUCGUCAUUGAAGAUUGUGGUUUGCCUAGGUUCUUUACUCCUAUACGGAGUAUAAGCUCAAGUUCUAGAAUCAUUGGAAGCGGAUCGUUGGAAGCUAUGUUGAAUGAGAUUAUCACAGUCACUUCUUUAAAGGAUAUUCAUGAUGAAAAGAAGGUAGGAGAAUUUUGGGUGUUCGGAGAAAUUAUAGAUUUUGAACACGAUUGGUACUUCACUGCAUGUAGGAAUAAGGGUUGUGGAAAGAAACCUCAAGAAACUGAGGACAAAAUGUAUUGUAAGUCAUGUGACAAACAGUGGUCUGACGGAAUAAUAAAAUAUAGAUUGGUGAUUGCUAUCCUUGAUGAUGAUCAAGAUGGUCAACUACUACUUUGGGAUAAUGUGUGUUCGUCUCUACUAGGGAUCACUGCUAGCGAGUUGAAGGUGAAAUAUUCUGAAGAGGGUUGUAUGCCCAAUGAGAUUAAGGAAUUGCUUGGAAAGACCAUGAAGUUCAGGAUAGUCACACGACAGGAACAAUUCAACUAUAGAGGAAAUGUUGCUUUUACAGUUCUAGGAGUGAAAAAUGGUGAAAGAUACGACACUCUAGCAUAA